AUGCAAUCAUCUACUUCACUUUCUUCAUUAUCAUCAACAAUAUCAAGUAAUUCAUCAAUAUAUGGAUCUCAAACAAUUCUUGAUGUUGAUGAUUUACCUUCAGCUACACCUCGUUGUCGAUCAUCAAUUAUAUGUUCUCUUGAUAGUAAUCAAAUUCUAAAUUCACCAACUCAUUGUCAUUCUCCGUUUCUAUCAAUUGGAUCUAAAACAAAAUGUCGUCAUCUAUUUCGUAAUUGUUUAUCAUCAACUUCAUAUCCUCUUUCUUCAUUAAUUCAAAAGAAAUUAUCAGAUAAUAUAUUUCGAAAACAAUAUUUUGCUAAAUUAUGUCGUUAUCAUCGAUUACUUCUCGUUCUUAAUGAUUAUCAAUGUAAAUGUGGUUGUCAUUUUUCAAUGAAACAAGGUACUUUUGUUAUAUUAUAUGAAACAAAAAUAGAAUCAUUAUCAUCAUGGAAUAAAACUAGAUUUAUGACUGUUAUAUCAAAUCAACUAAUAUGUUCAAAAGUACCAUCACAUUUUGUAUGUGAUAUUAAUGUAUUACGUGAACGUGUUCGUUCAAGAUCUCGCUGUAAUAAAGAACAAAGUUUUGACUUGUAA